CACUUAGCUUUAAUUAAAAUUCUUUCAAUAUGGAGAUACAGAUUCUAUAUUCCAUUAUCUUCACUUUCUCCUGCUUCUUCUUUCUAAUCUGGAAGCUAUCUUCUUCCAAGAAACAAACCAAAACCCUACCUCCAGGUCCAUGGAAAUUACCUUUCAUCGGAAAUCUCCACCAACUUGCUGGCUCGCCACCUCAUCGUUCUCUCACAAAUCUUGCAAACAAGUACGGGCCCUUCAUGCAUCUUCAACUUGGACAGGUUUCUCAUAUCAUAGUGUCUUCACCUGAAUAUGCCAAAGAAAUAUUGAAGACACAUGAUCGGGUCUUUGCAAAUAGGCCAAAAAGUCUUGCCACUGACGUCUUUUCUUACAAUAGUACAGAUAUUGUCUUCUCCCCAUAUGGAAAUUAUUGGAGGCAACUUCGAAAGAUUUGUCUAUUAGAGCUUUUCUCACCGAAGAGCGUUCAAACUUUUAGAAGAAUAAGGGAAGAGGAGGUGUCGGCACUUUUGAGGAACAUCUCUGAGCAUGAAAGUUUUGCCAUAAACCUUAGCAAAAAUAUCUUCGCACUCACAAAUUCUAUAGUAGCAAGAGCAGCCUUAGGCAAAAAGACAGAUAAUGUAGAAUAUAUCCUGCAUAAUCUGCAACAUGUGACAGAGCUAAGUUCUGGCUUAUCAAUUUCCGAAUUUUAUCCUUCACUGAAAUUUAUUAGUGUUGUCACUGGGAUGAGAGCUAGAAUUAUGAAAGCGCAGAAAGAUGGUGAUAGAGUGUUUGAUGAUAUCAUCAGGGAACACAGAGAAAAGAAAAGGAACAAUGAUGGAGAGUAUGAGGAGGAUCUGGUUGAUGUUCUUCUCAGGAUUCAAAAGGAUAAUGACUUUGAGAUCCCAUUAUCUUUCGUAAACAUUAAAGCAGUUCUUAAAGAUGUUUUAUUUGCUGGAACUGAAACAACAGCAACGACAACAAACUGGGCAAUGUCAGAAUUGCUCAAAAACCCAGAGGCUAUGAAAGAGGCACAGGUAGAGGUAAGAAGAGUUUAUGGAGGCAAAGGAUACGUAGAUGAAUCAGAACUUCACCAAUUAAAAUAUUUAGCUGCUGUUAUAAAAGAAACUCUAAGGUUGCAUCCACCAGGGGUAUUGUUGGUUCCAAGAGAGAACUAUGAGAGUUGUGAAAUUAAUGGAUAUGUGAUACCACCCAAGACAAAGAUUAUCAUUAAUGCUUGGGCCAUUGCAAGAGAUCCCAAGAAUUGGAAUGAUCCAGAGAUGUUUGAACCAAGGAGGUUUCUUGAUACAAUGGUUGAUUACAACUUCAAAGGUUCAAAUUUUGAGUAUAUCCCGUUUGGGGCUGGAAGAAGAAUAUGUCCUGGAAUUACAUUUGCUAUACCUGUUUUAGAGUUGUUGCUUUCCAAUUUGCUUUACCAUUUUAAUUGGAAACUUCCAAACGGGAUGAAGCCUGAGGAGUUAGAUAUGGAUGAGUCAUUUGGGGCCUCAGUAGGAAGGAAAAGGGAUUUAAUUGUAAUUCCUAUUGGCUGUUCUCCUUAGUACUAUAUGUCCUUGUCACACGGCGUUAAAACUCAAUUAAGUCGGUAAGUCAAACUAUUAAAUGAAUAAACUACUCUUUUGGACUUUUGGUUUUCUGAUCAUGAGCGUUGGGUACAAGUUUAUUGGGUUGGACUUUAUAUUUGUUUUUCUCCUUACGCUGCUUAGUUUGAAAUGAUACCAUGCUGAGUUAACAAAUAAUAGCUCAUUAGAUUCAUAUUUUAGUAAUUCUAUUUGAUUAGAUUUUCUUGUGAUCUAUACAUAAAUCUUUCAUUUA